UCUCAAAAACUAAGAGUUGUCCAGGAAAAGGGGUAGCAUAUCUGGGAUCCUCGUUAAAUUCCCCAUCGAUUGAUGCAUUCCGUUUUCUUGUAAACCAGCCCCAGGAAAAGUGACCUGUUUUGCUAUGUUAAGACCAGUACAUACAGUUGUUCAGUGAGUUGAUAUAUACAAAUUUAAUAGAAAAGUUACACUUACAUUUGGUUUAUUGUCAGUUCGUUGCAUUCUAUUUAUAUUUUUAUUUUUUUAGCCUUGCUGCAUUUUGUUGGACAUUUCAUUAUGCAAAAAGAAUAUUGGAAACAUUAACUUUUGAUCGUUUUUCACAUAAUACGAUGCCACUAUUUAAUUUAUUCAAAAAUUGUGGUUACUAUUGGGGAUUUACUGCUUGGGUGGCUUAUUUUGUUAAUCAUCCAAACUAUACACCAGCAUCAUUUGGAAAUGUUCAAAUUUAUCUUUUAUUAGCUGCAUUUAUUAUAAAUGAAAUAGGUACUUUAUCCAUUCAUUUGGCAUUACGUGAUUUAGGUAUUUUACGUCCUCCCUAUCCAACAUCAAAUCCCUUUACAAAAUUAUUUAAUUUCGUCUCAUGUCCAAACUAUACAUAUGAAAUGGGUUCAUGGAUAUCAUUCUCCCUUAUGACGCAAACAUUACCAGGUCUUCUGUUUACUAUGGCUGGUGCAUAUCAAAUAACAAUGUGGGCAUUAGAAGAACAUCGACAGUAUAAAGCAGACUUUGUAAAUUAUCCAAGACGGCAUUUAUAUUUCAAUAUGAAAGAAUUUAUAGUUGUUUUAUAUGCUGGUGGCGUGGAUUCGCGCAUGUCUGAAGUAACAUCAAUAGUUCCAAAAUGUCUGUUACCAAUUGGUAAUCGUCCACUCAUCUGGUAUACUCUUAAACUAUUAGAAAUAAAUGGUUGUCAACAAUGUUUAAUUCUAACAUCACCACAAUAUCUAACAUCACUCGACGAUUAUUUAUCAUCGAUAACAUUAACAUUAAAAUAUGAAUUAUUAUAUUAA